GGAAGGAAAGAAAUUUUUCUGCCACAUAUAGGGGGAGGGCAGAGAGAACUGAACAAAGAGAGGGGUAUUUUUCUUUCCAUCAUCUUCUUUCUUGGAGUUCUCCAAAAGAAGCCGAGUGCGGGUGCUGCAGGAGCUACUGGCAUGGCGACGGACGCCAUUACCGGAUUGGCAGCGCUGCUCUUGGCCACCGCCUUCGUGAUGGUCACUGCCGACACUAACUCAGAUGAUGUGACUGCCCUCAACACAUUGUACACAACCUUGCAUUCGCCAUGGCAGCUGACAAGCUGGGUCUCGCAGAACGGCGACCCCUGUGGCCAGUCCUGGCUUGGGAUCACAUGCUCUAAUUCAAGGGUGAUAGCAAUAAAACUACCCGGUAUGGGCCUCGGGGGAACUUUGGGAUACAACAUGAAUAUCCUAACUGCAUUAACUGAGCUUGACAUGAGCAACAAUAAUCUUGGAGGAAAUGAUAUUCCUUAUAACCUUCCCCCAAAUCUUGAGAGACUAAAUCUUGAGAAGAACAACUUUACUGGGACAUUACCUUACUCCAUUUCACAUAUGGCGACACUCAAAUAUUUAAAACUUGGCCAUAAUCAAGUCUCAAACGUCAAUGUUGAGUUCAACCAACUCACCAACUUAACAACAUUGGAUCUCUCAUACAACACGUUCUCUGGCACUCUUCCAGAAAGCUUCAGCUCCUUGACAACUUUGACUACUCUCUAUUUGCAGAACAACCGAUUUACCGGUACGUUAGGUGUCCUCUCUGAUCUCCCUCUGACUGACCUCAAUGUUGCAAAUAACCAAUUCAGUGGGUGGAUUCCUGAGAAGCUAAAGAGCAUAGGCAAUCUUCAGACAAGUGGGAACUCCUUCAGCAAUAGCCCUGCAACACCACAAGCCACCCCUCCGCAGCGACCAUCCCCGACCAGAAAUCCUACUGACAGUAACAACAGUCACUCUACAGACAGUAAGAAUAAUCCAUCAAGUGGAAGCAAUGGCGGUAACGUUGGUGUCAGCGAUGGUGGCAAAAGGAAGGUAGGAGGCGGUGGGGUCGCAGGAAUUGUAAUAUCUCUGGUGGUUCUUGGCGCAAUGCUUGCCUUCUUUGUUAUCAAGUGGAAAUCCAUGCGGCGUCAACAUGAAGAAGAUCUUGAGAAGAAUGUGCCUCUGACCCAUCUUGCUUCAGGAAAAUUUAAGCAGCUGAGGCCCAUGAACACUGUAUCACCAGCUGGAAAGGAAGGGUUGCAGAGGACUGUCUCGAUGAACUUGAAACCGCCAUCGAAAAUUGGCUUCCACAAGUCUUCCGACAAAAAUGAUCACCUGAACAAGUCCGUUGAGACGAAGAAAACAAACCUGUCUUCCAUCAGAGCAACUGCAUACACAGUGGCAGACCUGCAGAUGGCUACUGAGAGCUUCAGUACCAACAACAUGAUCGGUGAAGGCACUUUCGGCAGGGUUUAUAGAGGACAGUUGUCCAAUCAGAAGGUUCUGGCUGUGAAGAAAAUCAAUUCCUCUACCCUCCCAACCAAUCCGUCCGAUUUCUUCAUCGAGCUGGUUGCAAACAUCUCGAAGUUAAAUCACCCAAACCUCUCUGAACUAAAAGGCUACUGCGCAGAGCAUGGACAGUGCUUGCUGGCAUAUGAUUUUUACAGAAACGGUUCUCUCCACGACUUCCUUCACCUGUCGGAUGGAUACAACGAACCAUUGUCUUGGAAUAGCCGAGUCAAGAUUGCGCUAGGAUCCGCGAGGGCAUUAGAAUACCUGCACGAGACUUGCGUGCCAUCUGUCAUCCACAAGAAUUUCAAGUCAGCUAACAUACUACUGGAUACCGAGCUGAACCCUCAUGUUUCAGAUUGUGGGUUUGCAGACCUCAUCCCCAACCAGGAGCUCCAGGAAUCUGAUGAGAAUUCGGGAUACAGAGCUCCGGAGGUGGCCAUGUCGGGCCAGUACUCCGAAAAGAGUGACGUGUACAGUUUUGGAGUGGUGAUGCUAGAGCUCCUGACUGGCCGCAAAGCGUUCGACAGUUCCCGGCCAUGGUCGCAGCAGUGGUUAGCCCGAUGGGCCGCGCCGCAACUCCACGACAUCGAAGCGCUGGAGCAGAUGGUUGACCCGGCGCUGGAGGGGCUCUACCUUGCGAAAUCCCUCUCUCGGUUCGCCGACGCCAUCGCGCUCUGCCUUCAGGCUGAGCCGGAGUUCAGGCCGCCCAUGUCGGAGGUCGUGCAGUCGCUGCUCCGUCUCGUGCAGAGAUCAGGCGUCAGGGCGGUGGAGCUCGCCGAUUCUCGCCGGCGUCACGAGUCCUGAAGCAGUAAAGCAGAGUAUGCAUAUGAUUCCAGCAAUGUUUCUUUGAUAGCAUGUUAAUAAUCAACUUUACAAUAGUGAAGCAUAAUCGUGUACUACUUACUCCGAAGAAGGCUCGGAACAGAGAUUGAUUGAUGCGAGGAACAUAUAUACCGAACAAAUAUAUCGAUGGAAUGGAUCUCAUUGUCAA